GAUUGGGUUGACCCCGCCCCCUGACUUCCCUCCGGUUAAUCCUCCAGCAUCAGCAGCGGACACCAAGGCUAACAAAGCGCUACUUGACUUCAGUUGAGCAGGUUCUCCUAUAUUCACUACCGAUGGCAGCAAUUAGGAAAAAGCUGGUUAUAGUGGGAGAUGGAGCCUGUGGGAAGACCUGCUUGCUUAUUGUAUUCAGUAAGGACCAGUUUCCUGAAGUCUAUGUGCCUACAGUGUUUGAGAACUACGUUGCUGACAUUGAAGUUGAUGGCAAACAGGUUGAAUUAGCACUCUGGGACACAGCAGGUCAGGAGGACUAUGACAGACUCCGCCCACUUUCUUAUCCAGACACUGAUGUCAUUCUCAUGUGCUUCUCUAUCGACAGCCCAGACAGUCUUGAAAACAUCCCAGAGAAGUGGACCCCCGAGGUGAAACACUUCUGCCCCAACGUUCCCAUCAUACUGGUGGGAAAUAAAAAGGACCUGCGUAACGAUGAUCACACUCGGAGGGAGCUAGCCAAAAUGAAGCAGGAACCAGUGAAACCAGAAGAUGGACGGGAUAUGGCCAACAGGAUCGGGGCUUUCGGAUACAUGGAGUGCUCUGCGAAAACAAAAGACGGUGUGAGGGAAGUGUUUGAGAUGGCCACCAGGGCUGCACUACAGGCCAGGCGGGGAAAGAAGAGCAAUAAAUGCGUCCUACUGUAAACUGGGGCAUGAGGACUGCUUCCUGCAGGGGGUAGAAGAUGGAAAAUUAGGUCAACCCUACCCCCACAUAAACACAGACUGUUCUCCCCUGUUUUUACUAAAGGUGUAAUGCUUCUACUGUUUUGUCUUAAGCGAAAGUAGUCAGGUCAUCAGUAUUCAACUUUAAAGUUAUGGAAAAUACUUUUUUGUACUUUUAACACAAGUAAAAUUUGCCAUAAUAAGAAGUUCCUUAAUCAUGUUGUAUGUCCUUGUAAGGGUCAGCCCAGGGGCCUGUUGUGUCAUACUUGCCAACUACAGUAAAGUGCUUAAGCCCUGCCUGCUGAUCUGAGGAAUGUGUCCACGGCCAACUAGGGUGAAAUACCUACACACUGUGACCUGUAGUCCUUUAACCAUUUCAACAAACUGAUGCACACACUGAGUCUCAAGUCAGCAUUUUGCCUCAUUAAAAUAAAUCCUUGGGUGCAUCAUUAUACUGGAAACUGGUUUUGCUAAAAACACAAGUGUUUGUGUAAUAAAUUACUUUGUAAGAAUCCUGAUAAUUUGCUUGACUUGACUGAGAAACACUGAAUGAGAACCAGAACUUAAAUGUAAUACCGGCUCUUACUUUUUCCUGGGUUCAAACUUUUACUGUUGGCCAGUUUGUUUUUAUUUUUUGCAUAAGCAUUUUAGUGUCGGUCAGGGGUCCUGGCUCAGCCAUAGUGCAAAAAAAGUGCACACAUAAGGCAUGGUGGGCAUUACAUGUUAAUACAAGCCACUCAUUUAGCAUUUUUGUUCUGUGGAGCCUGACGCUUAGGCUAGGGACAAAUUUUUGCGGAAGCAACUUUUGAUAAGCCCUGGAACUACUUCAUAAAAUAUAAGUUAUAUGUAACAAUCAUGUUAACAGUUUGAAAAAAUAAACUUGUCAGUGCUCCCUGGUGGACAAAGUA